AAAGUUCUAUUAGAGCUGCUGGAUGAUUAGGUGGGCAGGUCGCUUGCACAAGUAAAUCUGGACAGCUCCUCCCCUCACUUCCUCUCUGUUCCUCCUCCUUAACAUUCUGGCUUAGUAUUGUGCACAAAAUCAGAGAGGCGUGCAGGACCCAGAUUUUCCAGGAGUUCAAGUGACAAUGACAGCCCAAUCCAGCAGUGUGAAAUUCAACCUCAGGCCACCAGGGGCCAGUUAUGGGCCUGGAAGCCAAGAGCCCAGACAUUCCCAACUGAGAAUUGUGUUAGUGGGUAAAACUGGAGCAGGAAAAAGUGCAACAGGAAACAGCAUCCUUGGAGAGAAAGUGUUUCAUUCUGGCAUUGCAGCAAAAUCCAUUACCAAGAAUUGUGAGAAACGCAGCGGCACAUGGAAUGAAACAGAACUUGUCGUGGUUGACACGCCAGGCAUUUUCGACACUGAGGUGCAGAAUGCUGACACGUGCAAAGAGAUCGGUCGCUGCAUCCUCCUGACCUCUCCAGGGCCUCACGCUCUGCUUCUGGUGGUCCCACUAGGCCGUUACACCAAGGAAGAGCAGCAGGCCACAGAGAAGAUCCUGAAAAUGUUUGGAGAGAGGGCUAGAAGAUUCAUGAUUCUCCUAUUCACCCGGAAAGAUGACUUAGAUGGCACCAAUUUGCAUGACUACUUAACGGAAGCUCCAGAAGGCAUUCAAGACUUGAUGAACAUUUUUGGUGACCGCUACUGCGCGUUCAACAACAGGGCAACAGGCGCUGAGCAGGAGGCCCAGAGAGCGCAGCUGCUGGCCCUGGUCCAGCUCGUGGUGAGGGAGAACAAGGGAGGCUGCUACACUAACAGGAUGUACCAAAUGGCCGAAGAGGAGAUCCAGAAGCAAAUCCAAGCGAUGCAAGAACUCUACAGAGUGGAGAUGGAGAGAGAGAAAGCACGGAUAAGAGAGGAGUAUGAAGAGAAAAUCAGCAAGCUGAAGGAUGAAAUGGAGCAGGAAAGGAGAAGGGCCCAAAUGGUGAAGGAACUAGCAGAACAGGAGGCUCGCUAUGUCGCAAGGCAGCAAGAGGCGAGAACGGAAGUGGAGAACCAGAAUGGGAUGCUCGAAUUAAUCAUUAAUGUGUUAAAGAUUGCUUUCUCAAUUUUCUCACGUGUAUUCAUGGAAGAUUAAACUUAAUGAAAACCUGUUUGUAUUUUCUACAUAUUCUCUGGCAACCUUGCCCCAUACUUACUCAUUUCGCAAAGUUGGAGUGCUCUAGUUUGUGUCUCUCAGGUGCUCAUAAAUAAGGACCACCGUUGUCCAUUGUAGAUGUUUGAUUAACAAGGACAAAUUUUUAAUUUGUGAAACUCCAAAGCAGAAGGUAUUGGUGCUUGCUACCUUGUGAAUUCUUCCUUAGACACGCAGAGAAAAUGUAUGCAAGAGACCAAAGAAGAUGAUUCCAAGCUAUAUCAUGUUACCUCUAAUAAAACCUUUUUUUCUAGAUUCUUUCUGUAUUAGCAGAUAGUCUCCGCCUGUAGCUUCUACUCAUUUAUCUUUGUAUUCAGAGUCACAGUGAUCAUCUUACUCAUAUGGUUUGUUAGAAAGAUCAAUUCUUUGUUUGCAGUAGGUAAUUUUAGAGAUGGAGAUAAUGGUAGAAUUAUUUCUAGAUGAGUAUCUAUUUAAUUCCAUUGUUAUGUAAAGAGUAAAAUUGUUUUUUAUCAUUUGCUCAUUAAAGAACAGAAACUUGUCUGGAAAAUAGAUCUCUACAAAUUCAACUAUAUAGUGAUCCCCAAAUCCUGAAAGGGUGAAAGACAGCAAUUCAACAAAUAAGAGAGCAAUGAUUGGUAUAUUCAGGUAUAUCUGUAGACACUCUUUGACCAACCUCAGUUUAACCAGUUUGAUAAAUACCCAGUUCUCUCCUUUUCUUGAGAAAUAACAGAUAGUUGCGACCCCACCUCCUUCACUCCACAUCUUGAAUACUUGUUGUUUGGCAGGUCAUACACACACUUCUGCCCCCACUGCAUUGAAUUUUUUGCUUAUUGUGUCUAUAAUGAAACUUUUCAGUUAUCUCA